CCUAAGAUAAAGUAUUGAAACCACCCUUGAAUGGUGCAGUUAUGAUAAAACAAAAGGGAGUGGAUCUCCAGCGUUGCCAAAACGCAGUGUAAAACACACGUGUCUUGUUUUGCUCCGUCGCCGAACUUCCAACACCCCCACACUCACCGCAAAUCCAGAAUCUGUUUUUUUUUCUUCGGUCACGCACGCUUCUUCUCUCAUAUCUCUCUUAUACCCUUCGCUUUCAAUCAUUUAUUGUAGGUCAAGACUUUCAUAAUUUCUGGGAUCUCAAUGAACUGAAACUCGAAUGCAAUUCAAUACCAAUCAGAUAUAAUGAUGCAAGGUAAAAAUGGGAGCACUCCACCAGUGCAGGACUUAUCCAGCACUCCACCAGUGCAGGACUUAUCCACUGACACCAGUCUUUCUAAGAUUGAUGAUGGCAAAGAUGUUUUAGAACAUUUUACAAGAGCCUCGGGCGAUAUUGAAGAGACAAAGGCGGGUGAUUUGAAAGGCGGAGAAAAUUGUCCAAAGGGUAAGUCUCUUGAGGAAAUUGAUGUAUCUGGGGAUGUUAACAUGGAGGCAUCCAUAACACCUGAUGAUGUGAUCCGGGCUGGUGGAUUUGGUGCUAGAGAUGAUAUCAGUAGUUUUCUUCCUGUUGCAAGUGAUUCAACUGACUUUGAAGCUUCAAUCCGCGAUGCACGAGACUACGAGGAACCGCAGGGAGAAGUAAGCAGGCCCGGACUUGGUUGGACUGGUGCGACUAAGGGUGAAUAGUUAUUGUCUAUGUUGUAAGCACUUAUAAUUGCAUCUUUUUAACUAGGGCGAUAAUCUUGUGUUUAUCUUCUCAACCAAUCCUUGUUAAACUCAAUGAGUAAUGUAAUAUCAGAAAAAAAAUCUUGUUGAAAAUACUAUGAAACUAUUUUCUUGUAAAUAUAGUUGGUCUUUUACUGUUA